AUGGAACGAGUAUCUCCAGAGGAGAUGGAGUGUUCAAAGAACAGCAAAGACUCCGCGGAGAAACUUGUUCUUUUCAAUCCGCCCUUCAGAAAGGAUUAUGAAUUGCAGAAAUUACGACCAAGCUUUCCGCCUUUUCAUACAAGCAGUGGGUUUAAUCCUCAGGGCGCCGUGUCAAAAUUCCUCGAUCAAGACCUUCGAACCCCUGCCCUGGACAAAAUCUACUCGCAUCUUUGGCUAGCCGGACUCCCUAAAGCAGCGCGUCCCGUCCAUCGCCAAAUUCUCCUAGGCCGAACUAUUAUUAUUACCGAAAAUCCUAACGAGCAUCUUGUCUGGAACGCCACUCGUAUAUUCAUAAAGCCCAUACCGGAAUAUCUUCUUUCACGCGAUUUUUGGACGACCGAAGGCAAUGCCCUAAUUCAAGACCGACCACUAUAUCAAUCCGCGUGCGGAUUUCUGCUAUCGUACUGCUGGCUGAUAUGCACCAAGUCCGAUCUGGCUAUUGCUCAAGAUGUUCGGCUUGUUUCAUCAUCAAUCACCUGGGAGGCGUGGGCUCUGUUUGUCACAGAUUUACUCACAAAUAUCGACCCGGACACACUUGACACUGUCUCAAAGCGCUAUCAUUUUGGAGAACUGCGUCUGUCCCGACUAAAUCUUAUAUAUCGCUUUGCGCCCGGUAUGUUUUCAGGUCAAAAUUUUAUGCGGGGCUUUAUGUUAGAGCCAUUAUGGACGACGGCUUUCUUGGAGCGAAACUUCGCCUGGCUGUUCUCCGUAUUCGGUUUUGUCACCAUCGUCGCUGGGUCGAUGCAAGUUGGGUUGGGAACCGACUCGCUGCAUGGUAGUGGUAAAUUCCAAAGCGCCUCGGUGGGGUUUACUGUGGCAAGUUUAAUUGGAGCGAUCGCAAGUGUCUUACUGGUGGGCAUAGUUUGGGGAUUCCUGACAGUGUACCACGUCCUGCGAGCGAAGGAGAACUUGAAGAUCGUAAGGAAGAGAAGAAUUGAUCGGCAAAACAGCCGGGACAGUGUAUAG